AUGAGUCCCAGCGCGGAGCAACAGUCCGCCCCCGGGGGAUACACCUCGGACAGCGACAACAGUGCAGUCUCUCCCGGCGGCGGCCCUCUCGAUCCCUUCUCGCUUUCGCAGGGCGUCAGAGCACGCAAGUCAGAAUACACCCGGCAAGAAAUGAUCCGGAUUAAAGUCGCUACAUGGAACGUCGCCGGCAUACACGGUGCAGAAGAAGACAUCGGGAAAUGGUUUGUGAACAGCAAGGGAAUUAGCGAGGGUCUGUCGGGGGUACAUAUCUCGGACACUGGGAAGCCCGAGGCAUGGAACGAGAGAAAGGACGGUGAUGCUGUUCCAUCGGCAGACUUUGAGUCUGAUGAUGUUGGGCUCUAUGCUCUUGGAUUGCAGGAAAUUGUUGAUAUCUCGUCUGCGACGGAGGCUUUGAGGCCGUUUACUGAUCCGGCGCCGGCGAAUAGGUGGAAGACGGCGGUUCAGAAGGCCCUGCCGCCUGGGUACCAGCUUGUCGCUGAGACGCAGCUGCUUGGUUUGCUGCUUCUUAUUUAUGCGGCGCCUCGGGUUGUCAAUAAUAUAUCAGGCGUUAGUACUUCCAGUAUAGGUACUGGAUUGUUGGGAUACAUGGGCAACAAAGGCGCCGUGUCGACACGUGUUGUGCUUGGGGAGACUACAUCUAUGGUCUUUGUGAAUUCGCACUUGGCAGCUGGUUCGGAUAAGGGUAACUUGGAGCGGCGGAAUUGGGAUGCCGCUCAGAUCAUCAGCCGCACGAAAUAUUCUUCCAUCGAUCUUGAGAAGGGUCCUCCGGAUUACAUCGGGAAAGAGGACUUUGCCUUCUGGUUUGGUGAUCUUAACUAUCGACUUGGGGAUAUCCCAGGAGGUGAUGUGCGCCAGGUCCUGUCUCGACACACGGACAACGAAUAUGACAAGCGACACCAGUCGACACGUACACUCGAUGACCGUCCCUCAUCUCCGCGCAUCAUUGUCGAGGAGGGAGAACAGGAUCCGCCAUUGAGCAGCGCAAGCAAAGGCCAUCCGGCGCUGUCGGACAAAGAGAUUGACCCGCAUACUGACCCGGCUUCUCUUCAGACUACUAUCGCUUCUCUUCUCCCUCAUGACCAGCUUCGUAUACAGCAACAGAAUGGAAAGGCUUUCCACGAGGGAUGGCGGGAAGGCGAUAUCACCUUCCUACCGACUUAUAAAUAUGACGUGGGUAGCGUGGCCAGGUUCGACUCGAGCGAGAAACAUAGAGGACCUAGUUGGUGCGAUCGGAUCCUGUUCCGGACACGCGAGGACAAACAGAGACAUGAGCGACUCGACCGCGAGCUCGCAGAGUCUCGAAGGAAGGACGAAGAGAUGAAGGCUCGGGGCUUGGACAAGGCUGCGGCUGAUGAUAAUGUACUGUUCGAUUACGACCCGGAAGUCGAUGGCGCGGAUAGUGUCGAGGAAAAUGAGCCAUCCAAGGAUAAGUCUGAUGAUGGUACGUCAUCGGAGUAUCAGCUUGAACGGGACGGCCCUAUUCGACUCGAGUACUACGUGUCGCAUCAGGGCAUUCUAUCUUCUGACCACAAGCCAUUGGAUGCUGGUUUCACGCUUACUUUCGAAUCUGUGAUUCCGGAAUUGAGAGCUAAGGUACACCAAGAAGUCGUGCGAGAGUUGGAUAAGGCCGAGAAUGAAGCCCGCCCAGGCCUGACUGUCGUGGUGGAUAAAUAUGAAGAAGACAUCCGGAACGUCGAAGAAAAGGAAGACCCCAAUUCUCUGGACUUUGGCGGCAUAACGGUUGAUGUGCCUGUUACUCGUUCAUUGACUGUUGCCAACACCAGCAGCGUGCCGGCUACGUUCACAUUCGACAAGCCUAAUCCCGAACAAAGGCAGUUUUUGUGGCUUGACUAUAGAAUCAGCCUACGAACCGAGUUUGAACACGAUGGUAAAAAGUCCAAGACACCCGAGCGGGAAAAGACGUUAGUCCCAGGCGAGGUUGCCAACAUCGAGGUCACGGCGCACGUACAAGAUCUCGAAACAAUCCGCCUGCUGAACCACGGUCUCGUUAGGCUUGAGGAAAUCUUGGUCCUCCGUGUAGCCAACGGCCCGGACCAUUUCAUCUGUGUCUAUGGACAAUGGCUACCCACGUGUUUCGGCCGGAGCGUGGUGGAUCUUACACGCAUGCCUGAAGCAGGUGCACGCAGCUUGGUUGCCCCGCAACCGCCAGAGCAGGCUAAGGACGACAAGGGCAUCCGUCUUUCUGCCCCUCGCGAGCUUUUCCGUGUGACAGAAGCGAUCUCUGAACUCUCCGAACGCGCCGUUGCGGAAUGGGGUAUGACACGAGGCGAUUCCGAAGACAGCACUCCGCCAUGGAAGACAGAACCCUACGGACCAGGAUGGCCAUUCAACCCAGAGACAUGGACACUGAAAGGUCGCGACGAGCGCGCACCACUACUAGCACGUGUCCGCGAAUCGCUAGACACCAACGGCUCUCUAACCACCAUCUUCGAACCCGAAAUAUCCUCUCUCGAGCGCCUAGAAAUCCUCAGCGAAACCCUAAUGGUCUUCCUCCGCUCCCUAAACGACGGCAUAAUCACAGCAGACGUCUGGCAAAACAUGAACUCUCAAAUCCAAGCAAGAGAGAAAGCCAAACAAUCCCCUCUCUCCUGGGAAGAAACACAAGCCUGGGUCCUCGAGAACCUAUCCUACUCCCCCGCCCACAGCGUCUCCUUUACCUUCGUGACAUUUAUGCUCGCCCGCAUCGCCAACGAAGUCGCACCCGCACUCUCCAUGCCCCCACCCCGCCCAUCCUCCCACCACCAACACUCCAAGAAGUCCUCCGAAGACAAAAAACGCCAGCAACAAUCACCCCGCGAGACAGAAGACCAGCAGGCCGAGAAUUCCGCCCCGCCGCCCACCCCGGCUUCCUCGGCAGCGUUCAUCUCAGCGGGGUCCUUCCGUCGCCAGUCGCGCUCGUUCACUACAUCCUCCGGUAAUGUCAACGGGAACAUAGCCGCGCAUCGACAGGCCGUUGAGACCGCGUUCGCGAGUAUGUUUGCGAAUCUGCUGAUUUCGGGGGACGUGCCUGUUCCGUCGAAGGAAAAGGAGAGAAGGGCGCUGGAGGAGCGGAAGAGGAGUGUUGUUGAGCCGUUUUUGAAGAUUAUUGGGGUAGAUAAUCAGGGGCCUUCGGGGGGUGGGUCUUGA